AUUCCCUUCUGUGAUAGCCGUAUAUAAAAGUGAUUAACAACACUGUCGCAGUUUAUUACGUGACAUAAUAGAGCAGGUGUGUUAGUACUUCUGCCUGAUUUAUACUCGCUUUAGAGUCUGUUGACUGCAAUUUGGAUUAUAAAAUGACGUGUCCUGCAAAUCAGACAGUGGAGUUGAACCAAGCCCUCCUCGCCCUCGACUGGCUUCUGGGUACCUGGGAGUCGGAUGAACCUGGUGAGGGCAAUUUUCCCUCCAUAAAACCUUUCCACUACAUAGAGACACUGAACUUCAGCCAUGUGGGACAACCAGUCAUCAACUUCACGUUUAACGCCUUCCAUGCAGAGACCAAAAAGCCCAUGCACAGGGAGUGUGGUUUCAUUCGAAUGCAGCCGGGAACUAACAGAGUGGCGUUCAUCAUCGCACAGAACUCAGGUCUGGUGGAGAUUGAGGAGGGGGAUCUGACCGGGCAGCAGCUGAACCUUCAGAGCCAGGCGGUGGCCCGGACCUCCUUCGCCAGAGAGCCACAUGUGCAGAAGAUUUCUCGAGUGAUUCAGCUCCGAUCAGAUGGGAGGCUGGAGCAGAGCGUUUCCAUGGCAACAGACAACCAGCCUCUGAUGCAGCACUUGCACAUCACCUACCGUCGGUCAUCAUAACCCAACAGGCUGCUGGGCUUCUUAUAAUAGCAGUAUUUUGGUCAGGAAAGACAAAUGUUGCUGAAAUAGGGCAUGAUGAAAAAUCACUGUUAAGUCAACGAAUCAUUUAAAACAGCUUGGGGUAGGGUGUGUAUUAUUGCAUUACAUACAAUAACCGAGAGUCAGGCAUUACAGUGAGAAACGUGUAGAGUUAUAUUCAAAAAUGUAAAAAGCCCUGUGGAGUUUUCUUAUGAACAAACACACAUUAUGAUUACAUUCAGUUUCAAACACCGUGUGUGUGUUCAUGAGGUUUAACAAAGCACAUCUCCUUCCUCAUAGAACAAGGUAUUUCAUUAUUUACAGCCAUGGUAAAGAGCAACCAGUCUUCUUCUUCCCUGCAUUUGCUGGCAUUCUGCUGUAUAUCUCAGUACAUUACCAUCACCUGUCGAUUACUGAAAUAGAGUUAAACCAGAAACUACAGGUAUAAAACUCCACUGGGAAGAUUUAUUAAAAAAUAAAUGUAUUAUUAUUUGCACUUAAUGGCCUUGGCUGAGUACAGGUGCUUACGGUAUAUUUAUAUAUAUUGUCUGGAUAUUUAUUCUUGGAGCUGGUCAGCUUAUAAAGCACUGAUGAACUAAUGUUGUGCUGUGUUCUCAUGUCUUGAACUUUCAUUGCACUAAGUUAAAAUGUAAAGCUAAAGUAACUGCUGUCCUGCUGGAGUGAAUGGAAAGGGUUUUGUGUGUAAAAAGUCAGUUAUUCUGAGUGUCAUUUACGUGUUUGUUUGGUUUAUGUCUGUCAGUGGACAGGUUCAUAAAUAUAGAUGUUCUCACACGGGUUGCAUUAAAAAGAAAAGUUAUUUGACUUA